AUGGAAGGGGAACACUCGGGAGAGAACAUGGCCGAUGUCCUGCUACAGGUCAUCAAAGAUUAUAAGAUUACGGACCGGGCUUUCCUGAUCGGAAAGGACGCCAAAAAGAUCUGCAAAGAUCUAGACGCUGCAUACAAAGAAGGCGACAUGACGCGAAUCCGGGAGCUCUGGCGGAAGCGCGGCGCCAUCGGCAGGCUUCAUAAUAUCAUCAGAUAUAUUCGAGCCAGUCCUCAGCGCCGUCAGUUUUUCAGAUCAAUUGCCUGUGGGGGAGCACUGUCGGAGUUCGAUGGCUUAGAGCUUAUCCAGAGCCAGCAAACGCGCUGGAACUCAUACUUCAUGUCAAUCGGCAGAGCUCUCAAUAAAAGUCUCGCUGAAGACCGCCUGUCUGAGCAGCAGUGGAACGAGCUUGCACACCUUCAUGAUCAGCUGGAGACGUUCUACGACGGAACCCUGUCGACGGAAGGCAGGCAUUCAACGCUAGCAGAUCACUUUCAGACGCUCGACUGGUUGCUAAAUGAGAUCCAGCAGGCCAAGAUUAAAUUCGAGGAACUUCACAGGGCGGCUGUUCGAAGGAAGACCAGUCGUGGAGCUGCCGCUGCUGAAGCCGACAACUUUGCGUUUCUUGCCGCUUCGGCAGAAGCUUCCUGGCGUAAGGCCGAGCAGUAUUUCAAUAAAGUGGACGAGACACCGGCAUAUUAUACCGCCAUUUCGCUGAAUCCGACUCUCAAAAACCUGCCCGCCAUCGACCUUCUCGAUCAGUUCCUGGAGACAGAUGUUAUCCGGCUUGGUGAGGAGGAAAGCUUUGACGUUAUCAAGUAUUGGAACGAUCGCUAUCAUACACAACCUGAUCUAGCACGCAUGGCACUAGAUGUUCUAUCUGUUCCACCAAUGUCGGAUGAAUGCGAGCGGUUAUUCAGCAGCGCUAAGAUCCUGCUUUCUGACCGGAGGUCGAGGCUUAAGAUCGACAUCAUUGAAGCUAGCGAGUGCCUCCGGUCCUGGUACGGCCCACCUGCACGAAAUACUUUUGAGGAUAUCAACAUCGGGAGACUAGAAGGAGUCUGA